ACGUGCAGGCCAGUCUAAUAAAACCACGCGUGUGUGUGUGCGUGUGCGCUUUUUUUCCGUUUUAUCGUAAGGUACCUAUCACAGUUUUUAGUCUGGUUUGCCCGCCCGUCCGAGCAGUACGGUCUUGGUGUUUCGAUUGACCGCCGCCCGCAACGACAAAAAUUCAAAAUGUCAAUAAUAAAAACAGAAACAACCGAAGCAUUGAUAGAAAGAGGGUUUGAAUUUUUCGCGAAGCAUUUUCCAGAUGUUGAAAAACCUGAUAAAUUGGGUAUUGGACCUGGACGAGUAAAUUUAAUUGGAGAACAUACAGAUUAUAAUGACGGGUUCGUAUUACCUAUGGCACUACCCAUGGUAACAAUAAUGUUAGGACGAGCCAAUAAUAGUGACACAUGUCGCGUAGUUACUGCAUGUAACGAUUUCGAUGAAAUCGAGGACUCCAAUAAAACCGAAUUUAAAAUUCCUACCGUCAAACCACUGUACGUGGGCACACCUAAAUGGGCCAACUACGUCAAAGGAGUGAUCGCAUGCUUCCAAAGUAUAAUUGUAGGUUUUGAUGCCGUAAUUCUAUCCAGUGUACCUCUGGGUGGUGGACUGUCCAGCAGUGCUUCCCUGGAAGUAGCUACUUAUUCAUUCAUCGAAGCUAUUACCGGAAAUAAAACAAUUCAAUUAGUACAAAAAGCUAUGGUAUGCCAAAAAGCAGAGCAUAUGUUCGCUGGAGUACCUUGCGGGAUCAUGGACCAAUUUAUUUCCGUAAUGGGAAUAGAAGGUCAUGCUUUACUCAUAGACUGCAAAUCAUUACAAUACGAACCCGUUCCAUUGACUGAAUCCAAUUACGUGUUUUUAAUAACUAAUUCCAAUGUUCAUCAUGAAUUAUCCAGUAGUCAAUACCAGCUAAGACGAUAUCAAUGCGAAGAAGCAAGCGAUUUGUUAAACGUUCAAAGUCUCAGGUUCGCCACGAUGGAAAACUUGAAUAAAGUACACUUGAAUGGAAAAAUGAAUGAAAUAAUAUAUAAACGAGCUAGACACGUAAUAACGGAAAUUGAACGAACCAAAACUGCUGCUGAUGUAUUGAAACGCGGUGAUUACAAAUCGUUUGGUGAACUCAUGAAUGCUAGUCAUAACUCGUUAAGGGACGAUUUCGAAGUUUCCUGUACAGAGUUGGAUCAGUUGGUAGAAUUGGCCAGAAAAGUGCCAGGUGUCCUUGGGUCUCGUAUGACCGGAGGAGGUUUCGGUGGAUGCACAGUCACAUUGGUGGACCAGGCUGCCGUUAACUCUGUCGUUAGUGCCAUUAGUUCGGAAUACAAAGGAAGUCCGAAAUUCUACAUAGUCUCGCCGUCAUGCGGAGCCAAAAUUGUUAAAUUAUAGUACACCCGCGGCCGUGUUCUCGCCAAUAACCGUUUAAAGUCAUAUAUUAUUCAUAUCGUAUUGAGUAAUAUAAUCGCUCAUAAUGUAUUUAGUUGUGUACAUUUAUUAUGAAUUGUUUUAUGUUUAUACGUGUUUUUAUGAGAUACAUAAAUAAGAACUAUAUGCAUAUAAUAAUAUAUAUUUUUAAUAUAGUAGUAAAUUUUAUUUUAGUUCCGAUGAAA